CACGGGCGGAGUUAUCCUGCGCUUAGUCAGGAUGCCGACGAAUCCCGCGGCUUGGAGUUGAUCCGCUGCUGAAGGUCCUCUCCUCUUCCUCCUUCUCACUCAUCUCAUUGCCUCAUUUUUUCCUCACACAAUCGUUUAUUCGAAUCGCAAAAUGCUGCAGAUGACCGUUCUUUGUGGAUUAGGAUUGCAUUUCGUCAAAGCUAGCUAUUUGGUAUAGGGCCGUUGUGCCGUGCGAGUAUCUUCAUUUUUAAGCGACGCGACCUGUUCUGUCGAUCGCCCGAGGGCAAUUAUGACGACCGGACGCAAGGUCUUCCACUGCGCCGUGGAUGAGACGGCGUUAACCACCAACAUCAGCGAAAUCAAAAAAUGGACGACCAACGGGGCCAUCACUCUGAUCGUGCCCCUGUACACCCUUGAACGCCUCCAUGCACUGAAGAGAGCCGGGUCGCAGGUCGCCAUCAAUGCCCGCGAGGCUGUCCGGUUCCUCGACCGGGUCACUUCCGGCAAGGACAACAUUUCUUCCGAACGGGUGGCUUUGCAGGGUCCCAUGGAGCAAUACGAGAAGUGGACGGAGGCAGAGAAGUUCUUCCUGCCCGAGUUCGAGGAGGAUCCGGAGGCGAACGAUGGACUCGUCUCAAACGGCCAGACGGCGCACCCCGACGAAAAGAGCAAAAUAUCCAAAAAGAACGGCGCCUCCCCGGAUGAUCUCUCUCAGAUGCUACUCAGCAAGUUGAACUUCAAAAAGGAACUCGACGCAGUCUCGAACACGUCCAACGGAACCCACAGUGCACCCUCCCGCCCGUCUUCCCGGAGCUCUCGGACCAGCCCCGAAUGUGUAAACUCGCAGGUGAUAACCAACGAAGGAGGAUCCAAGGACAACAAGACGAAGCGCGCCGAGGGACAUCGCCGUUCUGCGUCUGGGUCGGCCAUCCCCACGGUCCCGCCUGUGCUCAGGCCGCUGCUCAGCGCGCUGCUGUGGCGACUGCACCAGGGGCCCGAUGCUUCGAACGCCGCCAAGACUUGUAUUCUGAUUACGAACGAUCCACAGACCCAGCUUUGGGCCCAGAAAUUCGGCAUUGGGGUCAAGAACAUUCAUCAGCUGCGAACAUCGAUUCAAUACGAAGAGCGAGAGUACAAAAACCGAUGCAAAUAUGUCGAGAAGACUCAGGCGACGACCAGCGAACCGAAAUCGCUUCUUUCCUACGAGGAUGAGAGUGACGAAGACGAGCUCGUCUUCGUUCCUCGCGGCGGUCGGGGCAAGGGAGCGACGCGCGGCGGCGGCUCUCGUGGGGUCAACAGCCGCAAGGCGCCUGUCGUCAAAAGUGUUGCCCCGCCUGUCGAGGCGACUAUGGAGAUCCCUACUCAACCUAUCGAUCCGAAUUCGUUUACACUCAGUCGGGAGCCGCACGGGGCAUCGCGGGUGCGUCUCGGAACCAUGCCAACAACCGCCGAGGCGCCUCCCGAGGCCCGACUCGUGGUAGUGGUACCAGCCGGGGUCGUGGAAAACUCUGGGUUCCUUGAUCGUAUUGGCCGGUUCGUCAAUCAUACGACGGACGAAUCGCACGUUUUCCAAUACCGAUGA